CUCAGGGCAGAAAGAAAUAUGAUUGGUUCACAAAAAUGACCAAUGAAAAUGCAGAGGAGGCGGGUUCAACAUUCGAAAAAAGCGCAUUUUUGAGUGAGCGUUAGUUAGCACUGGAGUGAGAGGAUUACGUGAUUACCGUAUACAUUUUUCAAAAGAAUAGAUAAGAAGCAAUGGAAAACAUUUGGAUUAAAGGUGUUAAAAGAAAGCUGAAGAAGGUUACAGAUCCUGAUGUCAUUCAAGAAGUUGUUGUUUUUGAGGAGAAGGAGGACGACUUCAUGCAGUCUUAUGUCAAGACAUUGGAAAAUGAAACACAGAACUAUUUUAAAUUGCCUGUAAGUACACACAAAGACUACUAUUAUUAUUCAUGUGAGAGAUCAAACAAAGCAACCGGAAGCAGCACAGGACAACCAACCCAAACCAGAGCAAACUCUUGCAGGGCGUAUGUGUCUUUCAAGAUAAUCAAGGAUGCUGGAUUUACAGGUGCUGUUGUGCACAAAAUGCUGAAGCACAGUGGACAUAACUUCAAUAUACAAGAAGAGGGUGUCAAAAACCGUAUUGACCCAGAAUUACUGGCGUUAAUUCAGAUGUGGCUUGAGCAAGGAUUAUCAGUCUCUGAAACACUUCUAAGGAGUGUUGAUUGGGCAGGAAGGCAUGGACAUAAAGACAAACUAAAUCGCAGAUACUAUGUUACACCAGAGGAUAUAAGAAUAAUUCAAAAGAGCCUCAAUGCCCUAAUUUUUCCAGAUGUAAAAGAUUGUAUCAGUGUUGAUAUACUUGCCACCUCAGAGUUAAAGGAGAAUAUUUGCUUCUAUCAACCACUAAGUGAUGGACAGCCCUUGAUAAUUGUAGUACAGACACCUUGGCAAAAACAACUUCUCAAGGAACAUCCACAUCCAAUGGUGUUCAUGGAUGCCACCUACAGGGGGAUCACCUCUUAUGGCUAUGCAUUUUAUGCACUUCUUCUAAGUAAUAGUAUUGGAAGAGGAGUUCCAUUUGCAUACUUUAUCGUAAGUCAGGAAUCAACAGCCACAAUCACUUUGUGCUUGGAAAAGCUUUCUAGCUGUAAUCCUGGAUUUCUUCCCCGGUAA